AUGGCGCUGGACCUGGAGCCUGUGACCCACUUCCCCUUGCUGGCCCUCCAGGGCAGUGCCACGCCUGAGCUGCCAGGUGGCCCCAACGUGGCCCCCAACAGCUCCUGGUCCAGCCCCCCAGAGCCCGGGUCCCCGCAGGACCUGGUGACUGCAGGAGCGAUCGGGGCUGUGCUGUCGGCGGUGGGCGUGGUGGGCGUGGCAGGCAAUGUGUACACGCUGGUGGUCAUGUGCCGCUUCCUGCGUGCCUCCGCCCCCUUGUACGUCUAUGUGGUCAACCUGGCACUGGCCGACCUGCUGUACCUGCUCAGCAUCCCCUUCAUCGUGGCCACCUACGUCACCAGGAACUGGCAUUUUGGAGACGUGGGCUGCCGUGUCCUCUUCAGCCUGGACUUCCUGACCAUGCACGCCAGCAUCUUCACACUGACCAUCAUGAGCAGCGAGCGCUACGCCGCGGUGCGGAGGCCUCUGGACACGGUGCGGCGCGCCAAGGGUUACCGCAAGCUGCUGGCCCUGGGCACCUGGCUUCUGGCACUGCUGCUGACGCUGCCCAUGACGCUGGGCAUCCGGCUGGUCCGCAGGGGCUCCAAGAGCCUCUGCCUGCCAGCCUGGGGCCCCCGCGCCCACCGCGCCUACCUGACGCUACUCUUUGGAACCAGCAUCAUGGGGCCCGGCCUGAUCAUAGGGCUGCUGUACGUGGGCCUGGCCCGGGCCUACUGGCGGUCACAGAGGGCCUCCUUCCCGCGGACGGGGCGGCUGCCGAGCCCCAGGGUGCUCUGGCUCAUUCUCGGCAUUGUCCUGCUCUUCUGGGCCUGCUUCCUGCCCUUCUGGCUGUGGCAGCUGCUUGCCCACUUCCAGGAGGUGCUGCCGCUCAGCCCUCGGGCCGCACGCCUGGCCAACUACCUGACCACCUGCCUCACCUAUGGUAACAGCUGCAUCAACCCCUUCCUCUACACCCUGCUCACCAGGAACUACCGGGAGCACCUGCGGGCCCGCCGCGGCCGCGGCCCCCCCCGCCGGCCCUGCCUCCCGCCGGCUUCGGGCUGUGCACCGCGCCCCAGGAGCCAGCGGGCCACAGAGGCCCUCAUGCUGUCCCCCGCGGCCCCGGGGCCCGUGUCCGAGAGUCCCCAUGUGCCUCUGGGGCAGGGGUGA